UGUACAAAGAACCAUAGCUCGAAAGACCGACGAAGAAAACUGCUCUGUUAUGAUAUGAAGCUAUAUACGUACAAGUAUAUUCAUACACGCAUGUGUGUGUACGUAUAGAGAGAGAAGGAGAAGUCUGUCGCGGAGGCGAGAGAAGAGAGAGAGAGAGAGAGGUAAAAUGGGAAAUCAGAAGCAGAAAUGGACCGCGGAGGAGGAGGAGGCGCUCCUCGCCGGAAUUGCCAAGCACGGUUCCGGAAAGUGGAAGAACAUUCUUAGGGAUCCUGAUUUCGCGCCUCAUCUCAUCCAACGCUCUAACAUUGACCUCAAGGAUAAAUGGCGUAAUUUGAAUGUUAGUUCGAGUGGGCAAAGCACGAGAGAGAAAUCAAGGACACCGAAAAUCAAAGCCGCUGCUAUUGCCCUUGCUGCUGCCGGAACUCCGCCUACUUUGGCCGCUAGAACUCCUUCAGUUGCUUCCCUAACACCUAAUACUCCCGACUCUAGUCCUGCCCUGUCUCUUGUCAGCAAUGGACCUUCUCCAAUGGACGUGGACGAUCUCUCAAACAGCACAGUGGAUGUGAAGAACAACCCUAGAUAUAAUGCAAUGGUUUUCGAGGCUAUUUCAACAAUAAACAACGUGAAUGGAGUUGAUAUUUUUGGGAUUUUCAGCUUUAUUGAGAAAAGGCACAACGCACCUCAAAACUUUAGGAAGUUAUUAGGCUCCAGGUUGAGAAGGCUUGUUUCUCAAGGCAAACUUGAAAAGGUAGAAAACCGCUACAGGAUCUGCAAUGAUACUAGGAUGGCUACAAAAGAGACACCGGCCCUGAAUCACUUGACUAAGCCACGGCUACCAAGUACUCCUCCAGUGGCGACAGCUAUGGCAGAAACACGAGAGGAAGCUGCAACGGCAGCCGCCUAUAAAGUCGCAGAAGCAGAAAAUAAAGCUUUCCUUGCAGCAGAGGCGGUCAAGGAGGCAGAAGGGACGGCCAAGUUGGCAGAAGAUAGUAACUCAAUGCUCCAGAUAGCCUUGGAUAUAUACGAACUAUGUGAUCGGGGCGAAGAGGUUUUCGUGGGGUGAGAUCAGGACAAAAUGGCAUGCUGUAUCUUCUCUCCUUUCUGUAUCCUAACAUGACAGGUGAUUCUCCGACCAACCAACUAACCGGUUUCUUUGCUGUACAAAAUCGUUUUGGUCUAGUUUUAGGUCUCGGAAACAGUAAUCACGAAAGCUAAACUCUUCAAAGAUUUUUCAGUUGAAGGAUUCUUGGAUACCUGUGUAAUAUAUAUACAUAUUGAUAAAUAUUGAAAUACGCCAUGUUUGUAA